GGGAGCGAGAGAAGCGAAAUGACAUUUCCUCUUUAAAUAGCUGGAGCCGGGGCCCCGUGGAGAAAUGGCCGCGUCGGCAGAUUUAAGUAAGUCUUCCCCAACACCGAAUGGGAUUCCAUCUUCAGACACAGCCAACGAUGCCAUGGACCCCUUGCAUGCGUGCAGUGUUCUUAAGCAACUCAAAACAAUGUACGAUGAAGGACAGUUGACAGACAUUGUAGUGGAAGUGGAUCACGGGAAAACAUUUUCCUGUCAUAGAAACGUUCUUGCAGCAAUCAGCCCUUACUUCAGAUCCAUGUUCACUAGCGGCCUUACAGAAAGUACUCAAAAAGAAGUUCGAAUAGUUGGUGUUGAAGCUGAAUCAAUGGAUUUAGUGUUGAACUAUGCCUACACCUCCAGAGUGGUUCUGACAGAGGCCAAUGUUCAAGCCUUGUUCACUGCAGCUAGCAUCUUCCAGAUUCCUUCCAUCCAAGACCAAUGUGCUAAGUACAUGAUCAGUCAUUUAGACCCACAGAAUUCUAUUGGGGUCUUCAUCUUUGCUGAUCAUUAUGGUCAUCAGGAACUCGGAGAUCGAUCAAAAGAAUACAUUCGUAAAAAGUUCCUGUGUGUCACCAAAGAACAAGAGUUUCUCCAGUUGACAAAAGAUCAACUGAUAAGUAUCCUAGACAGUGAUGAUUUAAAUGUAGCCCGAGAAGAGCAUGUUUAUGAAAGCAUCGUAAGGUGGUUUGAACAUGAACAGAAUGAAAGAGAAGCGCAUCUUCCAGAAAUUUUUGCCAAAUGCAUACGUUUUCCUCUGAUGGAAGAUGCCUUUAUAGAGAAAAUUCCACCUCAGUUUGCACAGGCUAUAGCCAAAAGCUAUGUAGAAAAGGGCCCAUCCAAUACCAAUGGCUGCACACAGAGACUUGGAAUGACUGCAUCUGAAAUGAUCAUAUGUUUUGAUGCUGCCCACAAACACUCAGGAAAGAAGCAAACAGUGCCUUGUCUAGAUAUAGUCACAGGAAGAGUGUUUAAGCUAUGCAAACCACCAAAUGAUCUAAGAGAAGUUGGGAUUCUUGUAUCACCAGAUAAUGACAUUUACAUUGCAGGAGGGUACCGGCCCAGCAGCAGCGAGGUCUCCAUCGACCAUAAGGCAGAAAAUGAUUUCUGGAUGUAUGACCAUUCCACCAAUAGGUGGCUUUCCAAACCCCCCUUGCUGCGAGCCAGAAUAGGCUGCAAACUGGUGUAUUGCUGUGGUAAGAUGUAUGCAAUUGGAGGUCGUGUUUAUGAAGGUGACGGGAGAAACUCACUGAAAUCCGUGGAGUGCUAUGACAGCAGAGAGAAUUGCUGGACCAGCGUCUGCGCAAUGCCUGUUGCAAUGGAGUUUCAUAACGCUGUGGAGUACAAAGAGAAGAUCUAUGUUUUACAGGGAGAAUUUUUCCUCUUCUAUGAGCCUCAAAAAGACUACUGGGGUUUUUUAACCCCCAUGACUGUGCCUAGAAUCCAGGGCUUAGCAGCUGUAUACAAGGACUCUAUCUACUACAUAGCUGGAACCUGUGGAAAUCAUCAACGUAUGUUUACUGUAGAAGCCUAUGAUAUUGAGCUAAAUAAAUGGACUCGGAAGAAGGACUUUCCAUGUGAUGAGUCCAUAAAUCCGUACCUUAAACUGGUACUUUUCCAGAAUAAACUGCAUUUAUUUGUUCGAGCUACUCAAGUGACCGUUGAAGAACAUGUCUUCAGAACCAGCAGGAAAAAUUCCCUUUACCAAUAUGAUGACAUCACUGACCAAUGGAUGAAAGUAUACGAGACCCCAGACAGGCUCUGGGACCUUGGCCGGCAUUUUGAAUGUGCUGUUGCUAAACUCUAUCCUCAGUGUCUUCAGAAAGUACUUUAAUGAGUAGCAGGCCUUAGUGAGCUCACUGGCAUCUUGUGCUUGGGGAAACUUAAGUCUUUCAUGAUCCAAGAAGUGCUGUCAGUAUUUAAGAAGCUGAGAGAGUUUGUACAUGGCAAUGGGUGCUCUUAAAGAUUACGGUGUAGGGAGUGAUUUCUUUUCAUCCUUGUGAUGUUUUCAUUUCAUUAAGCAAAAGGUAACAAAGUGCAAUUAUCAGCCUUUUUUUUUUCUGGUAUAAAAGUAAUCAUUUUCAUUCUAGAAUUUUGUGAUAAUUCAUCACUGAGAUACCAGAUGAAUCAACAACUAUGCACUCUUAUAAGAGCAGUUAGGGUAUUAUGGUUAGAGACAUCCAAACUAGUCUGAUGUGACUUUUUAUUUUAAAUACGGGUAAAAAUUUGAGGCAAUAUCACUAGGCCUUUAGCUGUGACCUCUCCAACACAGAGAAGCACUAACUUAGAUCCUCAUUCUCUAUAUAUAUUUGUGUACUGUUUUCAAGCGUACUGAGAUUUAAAUGUGUUUUUAGCGUAGGUUGAAGGAAAACAAAUAUGUCUGAGAAAGAGCUUUUAGUCUGAUUGUUUCAUAUUUCCCAUGUAACUUUAAGUUAAGCUAAAGUUUUAGGGUAGCAGUUUUUUGUUGUUGUUGUUGAUAACUUUUUCAAGUGCUCACACUGUCUCAUUAUUUACAAAUCCCGAAAAGGGCUUACAUUCACAGGUGGCUGGUGCUGGUAUAAGUGAAUUCAUGUGUCUUUCUAGAUAGGUUUCAAUUGUCUGAGCCUGUGCUUACCUUUCAAGUUGGUAUGCUGGUUUCGUGGCAUAGUCCUUUACCUGUUGAACUCCUGUGAUUUCACAAGAUUCUCUGCUUACGUGAUAGCAAGAUCUCUAACUGGACUCAGUUUUAGAAUAAUGAGAACAUGACACUCAGUUUGCACUAACACGGGCCAUUUUGUUGCCCUACCUCCUUUCCCAUCUUCCCCCCCAUCCCCUCAUUAUCGGUACAGUGAAAGGUGACUUAUUUCUCUUCUGCACAGAGCCUAAUGUGAAGUUUUAUACCUGCUUUUACAAUUUUGUUUUCUAAAAACCUAAAACUCCUGCAGUGGUCUAAUUUAAUGGCUUUUAAGUUACAUAUGACCAUUAAAACCUCACUUUUUUUUUUGUUUUCUCAUUUUUGCACUUAGUAGUAAUGUAUAUUUUUACAUUGAAAACCUUGUUCUAGCUGAAGGUGAUUGAGAAGGAAAGGGUGAGUGAGUAGAACCAUAGCAUUGUAGGUACUAAAUCACUUUUCAUAUUGAGUGGAUGAAUUUCUAACAAUCAAUAAUAGUAAUAUAAAGGUAAUAGUACUAUAAAGGACAAACCAACUCAUUUGUAAUAAUCUAAGGUGGAUAUUUGGAUCAGUAACUUGUUUUUUACUAUGCCUAGAAUAAUUGAUAAAGGAUAUAGGGAUAGCCCAGAGUCUGUCCUCAAGUAGAACAUUUUGAUUCUCUUAAAGAAAACAAACUGGCAUGGUUUGUAUUAAAAACUUGCACAAAUUGUAAUGUGAUACUGUGAAACAAAUUUAAAACAUUGCCUCUUUGCAUCACAUACCUCGUUUUUCAGAAACUUUCCAAACUGCUUGUCCUUGACCUCUACAAGUAAGGAACGUUUUCUGAAGCAGAAUUUAAAGUGGACAGCAUUUAUAGAAUUAACAUUUUAAAAUCUAGUCUUAGGAAGUUGGAUAUGUGGUUUCUUAUUGGUCUUGAUAAUAUGUCUAUAAUCUCUUUAUAACCUUUGUCAACCACCUGUUUUUUUCUCUCUAGUUUUUCUUCUGUUUUUCUUUAUCUACAUGUUGUUGUGGGGCUUUUGCUGUGAGUGUUUUGAAGCAUCUUUCCAGUGUUGCAUUGCGGAGGGGAGGAGGAAACAAAACUAACUUUUGCAAGAGAUGUUCAUGUAAUUUAUUUUUGAAAGCUUUGUUGAAUAUCUAAGAUUUUCUGCCGCUUUUUGACAAUCUUCUGUAUUUAUUUAGAAAAAUGUGUUACUUGAAAACAUGACAUAGAACAGUGAGUUAACAAUUUACAUGAGCCGUGUGAUCUAUAGGAGUAUAAUAUACUGUGGCUAAUUCUUCAUCUGCACAACAGUUGAUCCUUUGCUAUAACCAUUUAUAUUGGGAGUGUGAUCUAAGUAUAGUGUGUCAAAGCCAACGUUUAGAAUUUGCUACGAGGGUAGAAUAUAUAUUGAAUUUUGUACGAAGAACUAUUUGUUUAAAUUAUAUAACUGGGAUAUUUUGCCACUUUUUAAAAUGAUUUCAGAAGAGAUCCUAGAGAGCUAAGAUUAGUAAUUUGUGUGGGUAUAUAUGUUUAGAUAUUUAAGGUACAUUUGCAUAGUAUGAUGAGAAUAUAAGUAAAAGGCACAAUGGGGACUACAGAAUUAAAAUAUAGGCUAACAUAUGCCAGUCCCACUUGAACUUUGUUUUUGCAUUUGAAGAAUGUAUUUAGCACUUUCCUAUAUAUUUUUUACACAUUGAAAACUGGACUUGGUAUAACUAUGUUAUAGGAAAGUAGAAACUGUAUUCUUUAUUUUCCACCCUCGUUUUCUGUUAUCCUACAAAGUUGAUGCUUAGGCAUCAGGCUGAUUUCACUGGUGCAUGAGGAGAAGUGGGUGUGCUGUGCAAGGAAUCAGAUUCCUUCCCUAUGUGAAGCAGUUUCAAAUGGCAUUCAAUGUUCAGUGCUCAGGUAUGGAGUAAGUACUGUAGUCCUUUGGGGGCAAAUGUGUAGAUAUUUUUAAACAUUUUGCCAUAAUUGCACAAUUUUUUGCAUUUUUACCUGAUGGCAUUGUUUCUUAUAAUAAAAUCUUUUCUCACUAAAAACUUCCACUGUUGUAACUUGACCUCUGACU